CGGAGCGAUCGCCCCACGUGAGCUAAAUCCGCUCUCCACAGAGUUCGAGAGCUCUCCUCCCUCCUCCGAUCCUUUGCCUCGAUCACGGGAGGAAGAUGGAGGCGGCCGAAGAAGCGGAGGGAAGCGCUUCGAAGGAAGAACCACAGGAAGCUCUCGAAGAGAUGCUCUCUAGACACCGGCAAGAGAUGACCAAGCUCCAUAGCAAAGAGAUGAGUCUGAAAAAAGCUGCUGCAAAAGGAAGCAAAGCUGAACAGAAAGCCAAGAAGAAGCAGGUGGAGAAUGAGAUAUCCCGUCUUCAAUCCCAACUAAAAGCUAAACACACACAAGAACUUGCAUCAUUGGGCUAUAAAGCAACUGAGAGAACAGAGAAGAAUAAUUUAGACAUUCUGGUGAAGGCCAUUGCUGGCGUUAAUGUCACAGGCAAUAGUGACUUGGCAAAACCCAGUAAAGGGGCAAGGAGAAGAGAAAGAAGAGCUCAGGAAGAAGCUGCAAGAGAGCAGAGGAUUCAGGAAGAACAGAGCAACAUGAUUAGCGAUCGCAUGAUUGAAAAUGAGAGGCUGGAGAGGAAACUGGAGCCCCUGGGAUUGACAAUCAACGAGAUAAAACCAGAUGGUCAUUGUCUUUAUCGAGCUGUUGAGGACCAGCUCUCACUUUACUCCAAUGAUAACUCGCACUACGUUUUCCAGGAGCUACGAAAAAUGGCUGCUAAUUACAUGAGAAACCAUGCAUCUGAUUUUCUACCAUUUUUCCUAUCUGAGAGUAAAAUUGAACUUGAUGCAGAUAGGUCACCCCUGGAAAGAUUUGAGAAGUACUGCGAAGAGGUUGAGUCCACAGCAGCUUGGGGAGGACAACUUGAGCUGGGUGCUCUUACACAUUGCCUUAAGAAACAUAUCAUCAUAUAUUCAGGUUCUUUCCCUGACGUGGAGAUGGGAAAAGAAUACAAGACUGAAAUAGGAAACAGUAUCAGCAACCCAAGCAUAAUGUUAUCGUAUCAUCGGCAUGCUUAUGGCCUUGGCGAGCACUACAAUUCGGUCAUUCCCAACACUGUGAGGUGGGAGCUGCUGGAUGUUGGCAACCAGAAUUCAGAAAGAUGGGGGCAUAUUCUUGACUUGGUUAUCUUUUUGCACUGGAUCUAAAGGUCAUUGCACCUAUGGGCUCAUGAAAUGACUCCUUUAGGGUCCCAUAGACAGGUCUGUGGUGCACUGAUUUCUCAAGCCUUCAUGUUGCUCAUUUAAAAAACAUUGCAUGUCCUGCAUCAUUUUUCUCUGUUUCAUUUUUUGCAGUAUGUAAGGAGAGGAGGAAAAAAAAACAGAGGGAUCAAGUUCUUAUUACCUUUUUAUCUCAUUUGUCAUCUCUUGAUAUCAAUCACAUGCCUCAAUAGAGUGAAGUCAUUGGUGGUCCUCUGAGCCAGAAUUGAACCAGGAGAGGACCACUAAGAAAACCUACUUCCAGACUUGUGGUGGUAAAAGGCAAAAGGAAGAACAAACCCAGAAAGAAUCUGAGAGAAACAGCUACAGGAUUUAAAUAUUUAAAUUUCAAACAGCCACCAGGGCAAUUUGUAGAAAGUAGAAUGGGAGCAUCUUCCAUAGUUGAGAGGCUUGUAGGUGUAGAUGUGAAAGCUUGAGUGGGGGCUUCAACUCAGGAAAUUAAAUAUCUCCUGGUACAAACCCAGCAUCACAUAGAAUGUGCCUUUUUCAUUCCACCACUAUGUCAACUGGUUUCAUGCAUUUGGUGCCACUGUAAUAAUUGUAGAUCUACAAAUAAUGGAAAGCAGCAGUCAGCCAUCAUCUGUUGGUAGCUUUAAGUUUGUCCCUCUUGCACACUUUCCACCCACCCACAUUGAAUGCAGUAACCAAUCCAUGCCAUGGACCACCUUUUUCAUAUCGUUGCUGACAACUAUAGAUUAUUGGUGGAUAUGAAAUCAUUUAAAAUCUUUGGAUGGGAGCUGAGUAGUGAUGAGGUGAAUUCUAGAGACUUGACAGGUUUGAUGAAACCAACGUUUUUACUGCUGUAUUUUUGUAGUUUUCAAAAGAAUAUC